AAAAACGCUUUUUAAAGAAACCAAAAACCUUUAAAAGUAACUAUUAUAUAUCAUCUUGUAGAGAAAUGUUUUCUCUACAAAACUGCCGUUUUAGAAAAAUGUUGCAAAUCAUUUUUUAUGAAAAUACAAAACAUUUAUUGUGACUUUUUGAAAAAUACGAAAAAAUAACCGAUGCACUCCUAUUUGCUACAAUCAAUUUGUUAUCUGAAUUAGAUUUUGUAUUAUAAAUAGUAGGUGUUAAAAGUGAGUUUAAAAAAUCACGACAAAAUGCUUUUUCGUAAAGUUCAUUCUUAACGAAUCACAAGAGACUAGACUGUAAAUGAGAAAACAAGAGGGAAAAAUAAGUCAACAUCAGUAACUAAUUAACAGUAUAAAUAUUUUUUUAUAAAAGAAAGAUAAUGCUUCAAAGAAAAGACCGGACAAAUGCGAAUAGUUGAGAUCAACAAAGAAGGGAGUCCUUUGACAUGGCAACGUGCAUAUGAUGAUGAUUCUCACGAAUGGCUAAAAAAUUUGAUUCUCAGGCAUUCUUAUUUACUUGGGAACUUAACGAAGAUGAUAUGCUUUUUAAAAUUCAAACGACAUUUCUCGGAUGAAUUAUAAUACCAAAGCUAUACACUUGAGGUAGCAUUAAGGUUAGCAAACUCUUGGAAUCGGACAACAUAGAAAAUCACAGAGCGGUCAUUCGGUGGAAAUAGCCUGAUAAAACGUGAAUUCGUCGGUCAACAGCAUCGACUAUGGUACUAAUCGGUGUUUUAGCAGCCAUCUUGAAUAUAUUUAUUUAUUUGGUAAGAAGCGUCUUUUGUUCGUUUCGUCAUAGAAUUAUUCUCUUUCUUUCGAUAUAACCGUUAUGUUUAUGUGUUCUUACGAAACAGAUCGUCAGCCGUAAAUUUAUUUUUCGUUUUCGAUAUAUGAAUACUGAAAGAACGACAGCGAACGAUUAAUGCUCUUUACGUGCUUCGUCCGAUUACUAUAUUUACGGCACUGUAACUCCGACAUUUUUUCUCAGUUCUAUAAACAGAAUGAGUAAUCGAGUCGAAAGAAAAAGAAAAAAUACUGAGUCAUUCUGACUAAAGGAAAAAGAAGGCAGAAAAGAAAAGCACGAUCUCAUUAUUAUUACGUUGCUGUUCUUUCCCUCAUACAAAUGACAGUUUAAUAACUGAACGGAUCUAAAGUAACUUCUGUCACUCACAAAUUAUUAUGUCGUCGUCUAGUGCUUACGAUUGGAAAAUCCUAGCCAUUGGAGGUAAACAAUCAAAUGCCGAGAUUGCUACGAAACAAUUAUGUGAUUUGGGCUAUAAAAAUGUCAAAGUUAUGGCCUUGAGCAAUAGUCAGGAUGAUGAACAACAGUUGAUCAACACUCUGAAACAGAGUCAAUGGGAUGCUGUAUCGAUCGGUGGAAUGAUAAAUGGUUAUAUAACAGUCCAACCGGAACAGAAAGAUGAAAUUUUUUAUUGGUUCAAUCGUUUGGUGAAUCUGGUCCAUGAACAUGCACCUCACAGCCAAUUUAUUUUUGUUAAAAGUCCACAGGAUAUCCACGAUGGAAUUCAACGUGUAUUUGCUGCGGCAAGAAUAAAGAAACCAGAAGUUUGGGAAAGAGUUUGA